UUCAAAAUUUUAUAUUUUAGUUUAUUAAUGAAACUCAAACGCAGUGGAAGUAGUUAGUUGGUGGUGUGUGGUUUUUUAGGGAAAUACUUUAAAUUUGUAUUGAAGUUUAAAAGAAAGUUUGAAAUAUAAUAACGAUUGUUAUUUAAACAAAAUGGAAGAUGAUGAAAAAAUGGAUAUAAUGCGUAAAGCAUUUCAAAUGUUCGAUACGCAAAAAACCGGUUUUAUAGAAUGUCUACGCCUUAAGACCAUACUCAAUAGUAUGGGUCAAAUGUUUGAGGAAAGUGAAUUGCAGGAAUUAAUCGAUGAAAAUGAUCCCGAAGAUACGGGUAAAGUUAAUUUCGAUGGUUUUUGCAAUAUAGCCGCCCAUUUUCUAGAGGAAGAAGAUGCUGAGGCCAUACAAAAGGAAUUGAAAGAAGCCUUUCGUUUGUAUGAUCGUGAGGGUAAUGGUUAUAUUACCACUUCUACACUUAAAGAAAUCUUAGCUGCUUUAGAUGAUAAAUUAUCUUCAAGUGAUUUGGAUGGUAUUAUAGCGGAAAUUGAUACCGAUGGUUCGGGCACUGUGGAUUUUGAUGAAUUUAUGGAAAUGAUGACUGGCGAUUAAUUAUUUAAACGCAAAGAAAAAUAAAUU